AUGUCCGUAUCCGCGGUCACGAACGAACUCAAGUCUCAGGGUGCCAUUGAAGCUGCUCAAGAUCCCAACAGCUCUGUCACAGCGGAGGAUGCGGAACAUGUCGUGCUAGAAGAGAGCGAGAAGGCUGGCUCUGCAGCUCUCCAUUUCGAUCCCAAUGCCUCGCCAGAGGAAAAGGCCGCGCAAGCACGUUCGCGACAGAACGAUACUAAGCGCCCUGCAAAAGGUGUCGGCGUGGCCACUGAUCUGGACGACGGCACUCCAGACCAAUACGACCUCCCUCCACCACAAUCUGCCGCCGCUGCCGAAGCCGCAAAUGCCCCCCCCCUUGACAAGACUGCCCAAGAUGGAGCCCCUGUCGAGGACGACGUACAGUGGUCGAAGCUUGGAUGGACCCCUCGGUUCGGCUCUGGUGAGACGGAAGAAGAUAAAGAAGAGGGUUCCCUCCUCGACCAUCAAACACUGUUGGAAGGAAAAUUGGAUGAGAAGUUCUUCGGUGACUGGUACCACAAUACUGGCGUUAUAAUCUUCGCUUGCCUAUCGUCAUGGCUAGUCGCACUCUUAGGAGGUGGGCUCGGCUGGGUUUUCAUUAUAAUGGCCACCUGCGGCACCUACUACAGGACCUCAAUCCGACGAGUACGUCGAAACUUCAGAGACGACAUCACUCGAGAGCUUGCAAAAGCGCGCUUGGAGACAGACACGGAGAGUCUUGAAUGGAUGAAUAGCUUCCUCGUCAAGUUCUGGCCCAUCUACGCCCCUCAACUCGCUAAAGGCAUUGUUCAAUCGGUUGACCAAGUCCUGAGUACCUCCACACCUGCCUUUUUGGACAGCAUGAGACUCGAGACGUUCAUUCUAGGUACCAAGCCGCCACGCAUGGAUUUUGUCAAGACAUACCCCAAGAGUGAGGAUGAUAUUGUCAUGAUGGACUGGAAAUUCAGUUUUACCCCAACUGACACCAUGGACAUGACCGCCCGACAGUUGAAGACAAAGAUUAACCCAAAAGUUGUGCUUGAAAUCCGACUCGGGAAGGGCGUGGUCAGCAAAUCUAUGAAGGUUAUUGUUGAAGACUUCGAGUUCUCCGGGCUCAUGCGCGUGCGCAUGAAGCUGCAAAUACCAUUCCCACAUAUCGAAAGGGUUGACAUCUGCUUCCUGGGCCGCCCCACAAUCGAUUAUGUCUGCAAACCUCUUGGUGGAGACACCUUUGGUUUUGACAUCAACUUCAUUCCUGGCCUGGAGUCCUUCAUCACCGAGCAGAUUCAUGGCAACCUUGCGCCCAUGAUGUACGACCCCAACGUCUUUCCCAUUGAGGUGGCCAAAAUGUUGUCGGGCAAUCCAAUUGAUCUUGCCAUUGGAGUCGUUGCAGUAACUCUUCAUAAUGCUCAUGGUCUCAAAAACCCAGAUAAAUUCUCUGGCACCCCUGAUCCAUACACGGUUGUUUCAUUGAAUGGCCAAAAGGAGCUUGGAAGGACCAAGACUAUUCAUGAAGACGCCAAUCCUCGCUGGAACGAAACUUUGUACGUUAUUAUCACGAAUUACACGGAUGCCCUGACGCUACAGGUAUAUGAUUAUAAUGAUGUUCGCAAAGACAAGCACCUUGGGACAGCGACCUUUGCCCUGGACAGGCUUGAGACUGCCACAGAGCAUGAAAAUCUCCACCUGGAGGUGCUGUCUAACGGCAAAUCCAGAGGUGUCAUAUCGGCAGAUGUGCGCUUCUUUCCUGUCAUCGAGUCUGAAAAACUUCCCACAGGUGAAGUUCUUCCACCUCCAGAGUCCAACACAGGUAUUGCUAGAAUCACCAUCGAACAAGCCAAGGAUCUUGAUGGUAGUCGGAGCAUGGUCGGGUCCCUUGACCCCUAUGCUGUUCUCCUCCUUAAUGGCAAGGAGGUUCAUAUUACCAACAAGCUGAAGCGAACCAACAAUCCUGUCUUCUCUGACAAUACUAAGUCUAUUCUGAUCACCGACCGAAAGAGAGCAAGAUUUGGCUUAGUGAUCAAAGACGACCGUGACCUUGCAAAAGACCCGAUUUUGGGCACAUACCAGAUGAAGGUGGACGAUCUUCUGAAAGUAAUGGAUAAGGGUCAAGAAUGGUUCAACCUCCAUGGAACUCCCUCUGCCAAAGCUAAACUGAAGUUGGAAUGGAAACCCGUAGCUCUGAAGGGAGCCAUUGGGUCUGGCGGAUAUGUAACUCCUAUCGGCGUGAUGCGUCUUCACGUCAAGAGUGCAGCGAACCUAAGGAACUUCGAAACCAUGGGCAAGUCCGACCCAUAUGCCCGAGUUCUCCUUUCUGGCAUUCCCAAAGGCCGAACUGUCACCUUCAAAAACGAGCUUAGCCCUAGCUGGGACGAGGUCAUCUAUGUUCCUAUGCAUAGUUCAACUGAACGAUUGACCCUGGAAGUCAUGGAUGAAGAAAAGCUUGGGAAAGAUCGUUCUUUAGGUCUAACUCAGAUUGCCGUGUCGGACUACAUCAAGGAAAGUGAGGAGGGAGGUUACGAGGUCCAUGAGAUAACUGAAUUGACCUCAGGUCUUCGUCUGGGAGGAGCAGGACAAGAGAAAGGGACUGUAACCUACUCGGUCUCAUUCUACCCAACCUUGAACGUGGUAGACCCAGAUGAGGAGGAAGAAGAUCGCAAAGCUGAAGCGGAGAUGGAAUCUGUUCCUGCGACACCUAUCUCGACACACAGCAAGAAAUCUUCGGUUGAUGUCAAAACCUCCCUUGAUGUCUCUAGGCAAAGUAUUGACCAACGUAAGAGUCUUGAAAGCGGACAGCGGCUUGGCUCCGUCAAUGGAGCCUCUCCCUCUAUCAAUGGGUCGACGGUGUCGGCAAAGAAGGAAGCUCCCAAAAUCAGAAUUUCAGUGGAAGAUCUGCCCAAAUAUGAGUCUGGGCUCGUUGUUUUCAACAUCGUUGAGGGCUCAUUCUCCAAGACUGACCUGAGACUGGAGGUUCUGAUGGAUGACCAACUAUUCCCGAGCUACGUCUCAUCAAAGGUCCGAACAAGAGAGCAUCAUUUCGGAGAAACCGGCGAUGCCAUGGUCCGUGAGUUGGACAUGUCCCGAAUCACUUUGCGACUGGUGGAAAAAACUGAAAAGGACGGCAAGCAAGACGAAGACGACAUUAUUGCCAAACUGCAAGGCCCCACUCUACUGACAUUGCAGCAGUGCUUGUAUAAGCCGACUGCUCUGACAUUGAAGAGCGACAGGGGUGGAAUCAAUAAAGUGGUGGUUGAGUUGAAAUACCUACCUGUGAAGAUGCAACUUGAUCCCAGUGAAAGUAUCAACAAUAUGGGGACUUUGCGUGUGGAUGUCUUGGAUGCAGCAGAUCUUCCAUCUGCUGAUCGAAAUGGGUUCAGUGAUCCGUACUGCAAAUUCAAGCUCAAUGGCAAGGAGGUAUACAAGACAAAGACGCAGAAGAAAACACUGCAUCCAGCCUGGAAUGAAUUUUUCGAAGUUCAGGUUCCCUCUCGGACAGCGGCCGAUUUCAAGGUUGAUGUUUACGAUUGGGAUUUUGGCGAUAAAGCAGACUUCCUUGGCGCCACUGCAAUCGACCUAAAAAUACUCGAACCUUUCCAACCCAGGGAAAUUCAUUACCCAUUAGAUGGGAAAUCAGGUGUGAUUCGACUGAAAAUGCUAUUCAAACCCGACUACAUCACCCGAUCACGUCAAGGAACCUCGACCUUUUCAGGAACAUUUGCACCGGCCGGCAAGGUGAUUGGCGCUCCUGUAAAGGGAGUUGGAAAAGUGGGUGGAGGUGUUGUGAAAGGUGCAUCGUUCAUCAAGCGAGGGAUCCUCGGCAGGAGUGGCAGCAAGGACGAAUCUCCUCGAAGUGAUACAAAUGGGUCCCUCACCACUGACGAUGUAGUCGCAGAAAGCCCAACCGCGGCGACGCCGACCAAAGCCAGCCAACUUGCUGAGAGUGCGGCAUCGCCUGUCACGCCUACGCUGCAUUCACGCUCCAAGAGCAACCAGUCAUCAAUGACUGCAAACGGUGUCAAAGGCACCAGUGAAUCGGGCACGGGGAAUUUCAUCGUUGUUUCGGCGACAGGUUAUCCGCCCAAGGCAGAUGUCCAAGUGCUGUUCAAGCUGGCGGGAGGUAAAGGUAAAGACCUUUUCAAGACGAAGGCCAUCAAAUCCAGUUCGGGGUCGGUGGAGUUUGACACGAGUCAUGAAAACUUCAAGGUGCCUUGCUCACCUGACGCACAAUUCCAGAUCGUGGUGAAGGAUCAUGAUACCUUCCGAUCCAAAGAUCUCGGCGAAGCUCUGUUUUUUAUUUCCGACCAGGGAGCAGGGUCGGAGCAGACGGUCAAAGCUGGAGUGGGAAGUGUCACAAUCCGAAGCAGCUUCACUCCCGGAACUGGAAGUUAUUCGGACAGCCUCAGGCCGGCAACCAGCGGUCGAGACAGCCCCGACUCUAGGCGCGAGGGUCGACGAAGCUUCUUUGGAAGGCGAGACGUCAGCGGAAAACAUGAGGCACAAUAG